CGCCUCUUCUCUUUUCACCGGCAGCUUUUCGGGUGGAUUACUACACCUUUCUGCUCUUUUUUUGAGGCAGACACAAAGAAAAUAGACAGGUAGAGGUGUUCUGGGAGUGGGAGGAGGAGGGAGAGGGAGGGGGGGGUGCACAGGUGGGAAGCCGAUUGGGAAGAGCCGGUUAGUUUGCAGGGUGAGCAGAGGGAAGAAGGAGGGGAGGUGGAGCGUUGCUCAGGGCUCAGCUAUUCAUUCGGGGGACAGGUUGGACUGGUUUGCGCCACAAUACCAGUGUCUCCCCCGCUGAAGCAGCAGAGAGACGCAGGAAGAGGACUGAUCCGGGGAGAACGUGGCUUUGGAAGGAUCCUCUCCUCUUGUAGGUUUCAACAUUCGGCCCAGAGAGGAAUACCAACAUGCCCGAGGAAAGGGAAGGAGAGUUUUAUGGAAAGAAUGGCGAGCCAAGGAAGUUUGACCCGACGUUCAAGGGCCCGAUCCAGAACAGGGGCUGCACGGACAUCGUGUGCUGCAUCCUCUUCGUUAUCGCCAUAGUGGGCUAUGUUGCAGUGGGAAUACUCGCCUGGUCCCAGGGCGACCCCCGGAAGGUGAUCUACCCCACAGACAGUCGGGGCCAGUUCUGUGGGCAGGCUGGCACCCCCCAAGCACAUGGACAAGCCGUGUUGUUCUACUUCAACAUAAUGAAGUGGGCGAGCCCGAUGGUGCGGGUGGGGUUCCAGUGUCCGACCACACAGAUGUGCGUGGAGAAGUGUCCCGAAAGGUUCCUGACGUUAGUCAAAGCCUACGCCAACAAGAACGACUUUGACUACUACAAGACCUUCUGCAAGGAAGGCGUGACCAACACGAUGGGAAUACCAGAAAUCCUGAAGCAGGGUCUGUGUCCUGCCAUGCUGAUGCCCAGCAAACCCUUCACUCGCAGGUGUUUCCCGGCGCUGGGCGAGAGCGGGGGGGUGAUCACGGUGGGAAACAACUCUAAGUUCGACGAUGGAAGAGGAAACAUCAGAGACGCCAAGAUCUGCUGGAUGGAGUCACGUAAGAACUGCAUAGGUGGGAUCUUCCACUGCUACAUGGAGUACGCCGCUCUGAAGGGAACGGCGGGCUCCGACGUGACUCUGCAGCAGCUCGGCUUCCAGACGGACUUCGCCGUCUACCUGCAGAUCCGACAGACCUGGCUGGCCUUCAUGAUUAUCCUGGCCAUCGUGGAGGUCAUCAUCAUCCUGCUGCUCAUCUUCCUCAGGAAGAGGAUCCUCAUCGCCAUCGCCCUCAUCAAAGAAGCGAGCAGAGCCAUCGGACACGUGAUUUUUCUUCCCUUUUUUAACCCCCUGUUAACCUUUGCCUCCUGGCCGUGGUCUUGCCUAAAUGGGCCCCAAUGCUUUUUUUUCCUUUUCACCAAACUGACGCCCAGAAUAAGUCGCACCAAGUUCCUGCUCGCUCUGGCUGAAGUGCCUUGGCUUUCUGUUCUGUGGCGAUCGUACAACAGGGCAAAAACUCUGGGCUUGCACCUCUCGGCAGAGCACGGGCUUCUUCCUCCUCAUAGGACUCAUGAUCAGUUGUUCAUCGGUUCCUUUUCCUUCUUUCUUUCUUCCCUUCUUCUUCUCUCCCUCUCCCAAUGGAUCUUCCCUGCCUUCUUUUUCUUCUCUCGGGAUGGUGAGGCCUUCGAGAGUACGGCCCCCCAAUCUCCACCUAACUACUGGGUCUCCACAUACUGGGUCCCCAUCCUGACCGUGGUGGGGUCUGCCUUCCUCCCAUCGCCCACAGGCUUCUUCAUGUGUCACGCCAUGUGUGUGGACACACUCUUCCUUCUUUUCUUCCUCUGUUUCGUGGAGGACCUGGAGAGGAACGACGGCAGCGCCGAGCGGCCCUACCUGAUGCCCGAGAGUCUCCGCAAAGUCCUGAACAAGAAGAACAAGACGGAGCCGGCUCAGUAGAGACCCGCGGGGGCUAAAACCUGGACCCUGGGGUUCUUCCCAGGACCAGAACUGGGUCGGACUAUAACCCAACGCCACGGGUCCCCGGGGGCCUUCAGGUGACAAUCAGCUGUGUCAUGUCUCGUUAAAACCAAACUUUUAAUCCACUUUCUUCACGAUGUCUGGUUUUUAGUUUAGAAGUUUGUGGCUUUUUUUUUUUACAUUUUGCUUUUUUGAAUGCAGUUAACAUCCAAACAUUUUAAGUAUGUUGCACAAUUUUAUUUUAUCAAAGCUUUAAUUUGUGCAUGUUUUUAUUUUUACAUGAAGGUAAGCUUAACUGUAAUUACUAAGGGGUUUUUUAAUAGCUCGGGCUUUUUUCAUUAUGUAAACGCCCUUUUUUUUGAAUAAAAAUUAACCUUUUUAUACCCCAAACCUAACACUGCCACUCCUAUAAAUGAGGUCAUUUACAUCUGAAAAAAUUCACUCAUGCUAAAAUCUGUGCUUUGGUGCAACUUUUUUUCCCCCAUAUGGAAGAAACUAAAAGGGAUCAAAGCCUUGGGUUUUUUUAGUUGAUGUGUGCUUUUAUUUUGUGGGGUU